AUUUAAUUUUGCUUAUAUGUCAAUAACAAUAGAAUUACAAGGUCUAGGUGAGGAAGACUCAUUCUAGACAAUAUUAGAUCAUGAAACUACAUUAUUAAAAAUUGGGGAAAUGAUUCAAGAGGCUCAAUAUUAUUAGUAAAUUAUUAUCUCUGAUCUAGAUCCUUUAAUUUAAGUGAAUAGUUCUGUUUAUAGAUAAAAGAUACAAAUAAAUUUAUUAGUCGAAGACAAACAGUUGUCAAAGAUUGUCUCUCUUUAAAUUAAAUAGAUGCAAAAGAACUAAUCUUUCAUAAAGGACUAGAAGGUUAGAAGAAAAGUAGCAAUUAACUUAUUUAUUUUAGUGUUAUCAGGAAUUACGAUUGAUUAAAAUGAUCAAAAUUAAAUAUAGACAGCUCAUUAUUAACCUAUAAAUUAAAAUUCAAUGAAAAAAAAUAAUGAUAUUUAAUAAGGUGGAACUGUAAAUAAUUAAUAAUCUAAAAUAAUAAAUAAUUAAUUAGGGGGAGGAAUCUAAAUUGGAGGAAAUAUUUCUGAAACACAACAUUUAAGAAAAUUUGAGUAAUAAUAAAAUUAUAAUCCAUAAGUUGUUGAAGAAUAUUAAGGAAAUUCAUCUAUAAACUUACAAUAUAAAUAAUUAUAAUAAUAAUAAUAAUAAUAAUAAUAAUAAUAAUUAUAAUUCAGUUAAUUUUCAUAAUAAGAAAGUCAAAUCGAAUAACUAAUCGACCCAUAAAACAAUCCUAUACUUCAAAGAUAAGGAGCCGCUAUAAAAAUUAAUAAAAAUUAAGUAUUACCUCAAUAAGGUGGAUAAUAAGUAAGCGGAGAGUUAAGUUAUACAUAAUAUUUGCGGUAAAUGACUAAUAAUGAAUCUUCAAACAAUCUUUAAAAUUCAUAAAUAUAGGAAUAACCUAAUAAUACUGAUUAACUUAAUAAAAAUGAAAUGUUCUAAAGAUAAAACCCUCUAUGGCAAUCAAAUUUAAAUAACUUAAAUAUACACACUUAAUAAUCAUCUAAAAAAAUUUUAUUUGAAAGGACUUUUAAAAUUAAGCUUAAUCAAGAACUUGAAUAGGGUUUAAAGAGAUAUUUAGAAAAUUAAAAAAUUGAGUAUGAAAUAAUAAGCUGA